AUGGUAAUAAAUCAGGCGGAAAUCCACUGGACUCAGUACAACGGCAUGGGAAGAAAAGAAGUGCGGAUCCGUGUCCUUCGGCCAAGGGGUGAGCACAGGGGGAUCACAGAGGCUACGGAUGGAGCAGUCCUGUUAGCCCUAGCGCCAGCCCCAGAUGUUUGUGAGGCUUUAAAUGUGACAGUCUCCCCGGGACCAACAGUGCGAUACUCCGAGGGAGAUAAUGCUACCCUUUACUGCCACAUUUCUCAAAAGAGAAAGACAGACAAUUUGCUGGCUGUGCGGUGGGUCUUUGCUGCAUCGCCUACCCAGGAGUAUCUGAUGAUCAAAAUGACAAAGUUUGGGUCUGUCCAGUAUUAUGGAAAUUAUACUCAUCAUUUCCACAAGCAAAGACUUCAUCUUCUUAAGGAGAAACAUGGAACUAUGUACAAAUUUCUUAUUCUAAGUCUCCAGCAAACAGAUCAAGGACAUUAUAUAUGCAAAGUCCAGGAAAUUGGCAAACACAGGAAUAAGUGGACAGCAUGGUCAAAUGGCACAGCAGCUACUGAAAUAAGAGUGAUUUCAUCAAAAUCUUCUGAUGAUCCCAGUUUCAAGAAAAACCAUGAAGCUUGGAAGUUUUUUGAAGAUCUGUAUGUGUAUGCAGUGUUUGUGUGUUCAAUAGGAAUCAUCAGCGUCCUCCUUUUUACACUUGUCAUUCUCUGUCAGUCACUUCUGAACAAGAGGAGAUCCACAGUGAAGCAUUACCUGGUGAAAUGCCCCCAGAACAGUUCAGGCGAGACAGUUACCAGUGUGACAAGCAUGUCCCCUCUACAGCCCAAGAAGGUAAAGAAAAAGAAAGAGAAAGAGAAAGUGGAGCAGCCACCAGCCAUCCCAGCAAAAGCUCCAAUAGCCAAUACUUUUCCUAAGCCCAAGCUCUUGAAACCUCAAAGAAAAUUGAUGCUGCCAAAAAUCGCAGAGGAGAAUUUAACAUAUGCUGAACUUGAACUUAUGAAGCCGAUCCAGGAAGCCAAAGGCAUUCCCAGUACGACAGUCUAUGCACAGAUACUCUUUGAGGAGAACAAGCUGUAAUAGUUCAUGCCUGUAUAAAUGUCCUUUGUCUGUGUUCUAUUUAAUUCUUGCUGUGCUGUUAAUUUAUAAAAAUCAUACAAAUGUC